AUGCAUCAAGUUAUCUCUCUCGUCUUCCUCAUUAUUUUCGUCGGAGUCCUUGGUGCAAUCAGCUUCGCAACCUACAGCGUUGUCAAAGGCGUCAGCAAGUCCACUUCCGAAAAGAUGGAGCGCCAUAAUUUCUCUAUCUCAAAGGAAGGCAUGAAGGUUCAUGUGCGGGAAAUCCAGGAUGAAGAGUACAGAGAUCGGAACCAGAGUGUUCUUGUCAAAAUGUGGAAUAAUACCUCUUUCCCCGCGUAUAAGAGUCGUCUGUGGAAUAUGACUGGUCCUUCGGAUCGCUGGACUAAUGGUGCUGAGAAACGCAAG